UCCAAUUAGUUUCAGAAUAGUUAUUUAUAUUUAUUCGAAGGAACAUAUCAGGAUAUAUUUGGAACUUUUUCUAUGUUUUUUUAAAUUAUAUUUUCAAUCAAGAUUUUUACCCCUGCUACCAUUUCAGCGAUUUUUAAUCUUCCUUUUUUGCUGCCUUGUAAUACAAUUUUAUCUUGCUUAUCACCGCAUAAAUUUUAUGUAUUAAUAUUUAACGCUUUUUAACGAGUUAUAAUGUCUGAUGUCACUUAUCAUUCAUUGUGAUUCUUCGUAGAUGAUAUGUCUUUGAAUUCUAAAUCAAUCCAGAACAGUGAGAUUAAUUUCCAGGGCACGUAGUCAAAUUCGGGAUCUUCAGUGCCGUGACAUCAAAGAGAGGGGUAGGUUCAAGUGACUUCAAAGAAACGUAUUUUCGACGAUCUUGGUCAAAAGAUCAGUUUACACUGUGCAGCAAUGGAAUCAGGGGAAAGAUAACAAGGAUACAUUUAUAAAAUUACACUGGAAGAGUUCGUCAUCUAUCAAAGUAAAGGUCCCCGCGAAGGCAUCUUCAAGAAUUACAAGCCAGGAGGUCAUCUUAAACUGCCAAUAAGAAAAAUAUUACGAAAAUGUUCAUAGCUGUGUCACUGAUUGAAAAACCACAAGCGGCUAACUUAUAAAGACUAUAUUUGAGAGUAGAGGUCAAGCGAAGGUCAGGUCAAGGUCAAGGAGGAAGAAAAGAAAAAAAAAGUGCGGCGAUGAGUGUUUCGUUCGAGAAAUAUAUGAAGAGUGAGAGCACAGCUCGUGAUAGAUGGAGGACGAUCUUCAGGUGUUGAUCUUGCGGAGAGUCCUCUUGGCGUCAUGGAGCUCGAGGAUGUCCUAGAAGAUGUUGUCAAUGUAGGAGCCAAUAGAAUAUCAGGAUUAAAAACGCAAGUAGGACGAAAUAUCAGCGAACACUUCGAACCUCUUAGUAGCGACAGCGUUUUUUCCCUCGCUGCGGGAAACGUCGCCGGAAGUGGUGUCAGUGCCGGUAGUGUUGUUAGUGUCGGUGCUCCUGGCGAUGCAGGUUCUUCUGGUGAUAGUGAUGACGGCUGCGGCGGCGGGGCGGCUUUAAGAAGCGUCGCUGGUGCUGCUGCGAUGCCCGGAAAUGGCUCCAGCGGAUUCUACCUGGAAUCAGGGUACCCAAACGUCACAUCGUCAGCUGCGAAUGCCUCCAACGAGAUAGACUCCUUUUAUUUUUAUGAGACGGAGCAGUUCACUGUACUAUGGUUACUGUUCGCUGUAAUCGUUGCUGGAAAUACAGCCGUCUUGGUCGGUUUGCUAUUAGGAAAACGUCGAAAGUCACGUAUGGACUUUUUCAUUAAACAGCUAGCAUUUGCAGAUUUACUCGUGGGUCUUAUUUCCGUGCUGACCGACAUUGUAUGGCGAACUACCGUAACCUGGCAUGCUGGUAAUGUUGCCUGCAAACUCAUAAGAUUCAUGCAAGUCGUUGUUACAUACAGCUCGACCUACGUUCUUGUCGCACUCUCCAUUGACAGAUACGACGCCAUUACUCGACCGAUGAACUUUUCCAGAAGUUGGGCACGUGCCAGGGCGCUGGUUGCUUCCGCUUGGGGACUAUCCGUGUUAUUCAGUGUACCUAUAAUUUUUCUCUACGAGGAGAAACUCAUUCAGGAUACAACACAGUGCUGGAUAGAUUUGGGCACCCCGACCCAAUGGCGGAUAUACAUGAGUUUAGUAAGUUUGACACUCUUCAUCGCACCGACUCUCAUCAUUGGCGGUUGUUACCUGGUGAUCGUCGCAACUAUCUGGUCUCAGAGUGGAGCUUUAAGACAAGGUCCCACAUGUGGGUCAUCAUCAUCGCCAGGUACAGCUGCUGUUGUAUCCGUAACAACCGCUACAGCUUCUGCAGCAUCCGUAGCAGCAGCGGCCGCUGCUGCUGCUGCCCGGGCGGACACCAGGAGAGCCUCCUCCAGAGGUCUUAUUCCACGAGCUAAGAUUAAAACAGUCAAAAUGACUUUUGUCAUUGUCUUCGUAUUCGUGCUCUGCUGGAGCCCGUACAUCAUUUUCGACCUUCUUCAAGUAUACGGCCACAUUCCUAAGACCCAGACUAACAUCGCCGUAGCCAGUUUCAUCCAGAGCUUGGCACCACUCAAUUCUGCUGCCAAUCCGAUCAUCUACUGCCUCUUUAGUACGCCCCUCUGCAAGAGCAUAAGGAACGUCCAUGCAAUUUCAUGGGUUUCUGGAUGGUGUCCUGUAAAUUCCCAUCGGCGCUUCGGCAGUCGUGACACCACUCACCAUCCUACCAGGACCACCAGGACUGUCAGAAGUACUAGAACCACCAGGACUACUGUCACCACCUCUCUCAUGGCUCACUCUUCCCGUAGAAGUGCUCAUAUCGCCAUGCUGCAUCCCACCACCAGAAAACGCGUUAUGGUUUCUCUCGUUUAAGAUCUCUAGCUGUCUCCCUCUCUCUUCACGUCUCUCCUCUCUUUACUCAUUUCCACUCCAUUCCCCUUCAUGGCUAUCAUACCCAUCUACGAUACCGGCCAUCUUAUCGAUUCUCUAUGUCCGACCUAUUUCUGCGUCGAUAUGCCUUUUGCUAAAAAAAAAAAAAAAGAAGCGGAACAGCAAAGAUAUACAGUGACAUAUGCGCAUAAAGAAGAAA